AUGAGCUUGCUGUGUUCAGUGAAGCCACUCAUCCAGUCAUUCGUAGCUAUACGUUGUUUGUUAGAGCUCGGCAAGGGCGCUAGUUCAACCAAGAUGAAUCUGAGUGUAUAG